AACUUCUGCUCUGUGACUUCCUGAUCCUCUUCUUAUAAACGCAAUGGCAGGGCUGGGGACCUGGGGAGUCAGGGAUCAGGGUGACCAGCAGUCCUCAGACCAGCUCUCCCUGCCCAUUGGAGGAUGAAGCUCUCCAUGACUGCCCUCUCCCUCCUAAUCCUUGCGACUGCCCUUGGAGCACAGGCCCGGGUCAUUCAUGAUGCAGAGACAAGAGAGCUCGCUAUGGAAGUGCUUUGGCCUGACAGGAACAGAAUCCUCAGCUUUCACCGUCCGACUGAAUGUUGCUUCUCCUACAUCACACGAAGCAUCCGGUGCUCCAACAUGAUUGAUUACUUUGAAACCAGCAGUCAGUGCUCCUGGUCAGCUGUCAUCUUUCGCACCAAGAGGGGACAACAAGUCUGUGCUGAUCCCAGAAACAAGAAAGUUCAGGAAUGCAUGAUAAACCUGAAACCGGACUGGGUGAACAAGAACUUGGAAACUAUUGCACUUGCUAGAGCCUAGGCUCCAACACUCUCAUGCCCUCAGGGUUCCAGAAUAAACUCUUUAAAAAUAUAUUCUUCUGUUAAGUCUUAAAAUAACACAUCUAAUAAAGAGAAUCAUUUACUUGAA